UAUGGAGCUUUUAAUUUCAUUUUCUAUUUUAUAUCUAAAAUGAGUAAAAUCCCCAAAACUAAAUUGUUCAGCCCUAAUUCUUUAAUCUUUACUGUCAACAAUCGAAUACCUUUCUGUAGCUCUUGUCUCCCUUCUCCACUCUCCGGCGAACCAGCUCCGUUAUUAGGCGUCGGCAGGAAGGCGCUAGCGACUGGAGAGGCGUUGGAUUCACCGGUUUAACUUUUAAGAAUCAGGUGUUGGUGCAUAUACACCUUGAGGCUUGAAUUCAAAACCACCAAAAAGCAAAAAUGGCUUCUUCUUCUUCAAAGUUCCUGAGAAGGUUAUCCACAUCUCUCAAUUCCAUACAGAACCACUCACGUUUCUUAUCGUCUUCUUCAAAUUCUAGAAUAGUUCUUGAACAUUUGAGUUUUGCUCUUCAUCCUUCUUCUUCCCUUUCAUAUAAUGAUAACCAUAGUCGUAUUGGUAGUAGAGAUUUCUGCUCUCAGACUUCUAAUUUGAACCAAGUUCUUUCUCAAGGACCUGCUGCCAUUGAUUACAGUUCUUUGCUACAGGAGGAUGAAUUUCACAAACUAGCCGAUGCAACAAUUCAUGAUUUAUUAGAGAAGAUAGAGGAGUAUGGUGAUUCUGUUGACAUUGAUGGUUUUGACAUAGACUAUGGGAACCAAGUUUUAACUGUAAAGUUUGGUGAUUUGGGAACAUAUGUGCUGAACAAACAGUCGCCAAAUAGACAGAUUUGGAUGUCUUCACCUGUCAGUGGUCCUUCCAGGUUUGACUGGGAUCAAAAUGGUGAAGGUUGGAUAUACAGGAGGACAAAGGCUAAACUUCUAGAAACACUUGAAAAUGAAAUACAUCAAUUAUGUGGUGAGCCCAUAAGACUUUCUUGAAUGCCACGUGGCAUGUUAAUGUUAUAGGUUUACAGUUUUGAAGUCAAUCUUCUUCUGCUAUUGUUCCUAGUAUCUAUUUGUAUCGCAUGCAAUAAAAGUUGUACAUUGCUGUGGAUUUGUUGACUUAUACUUAAAGUUAAAUACUUUGAAAGAAAUGUAUUACUACCAUUGAAGAGA